UUUCCUUUGCGAGAAAGAAUCGACGCGAAGACCGUCCUCGUCGGAUUUUAGUUCAGGCUGGUCGUCGCACGGUAGAUCUUUCCGUGACUUCCGAAAGAUUCACGUUAGUUCUCUCACGGCACUACCGUUCCUCUCUGUUGUCUGAAUUUCCGCGUUGGUAUUUCCGCGAAUUAGGCGAGGUCAGCGAGGAAAUAAAGGAGCGAGAACGCGGCCGACCGGGAGGCGACAUGGAGGUCGACGUGCCUGAGGAGAAUACAAACGAGCCGACGGCGAUGGAGAUCGACGAGGACACCUCCGAGAGAAACCCCAGGGUGUCCGGGAGUGUCAAGGUCAUGGCUUCUUCGGGUACCAUCGGUUCCGUGUCUAUUAGCCUGCAUCCGCUGGUGAUCAUGAACGUCAGCGAGCACUGGACCAGGCUCAGAGCUCAGGAAGGCAGCGAUCAGUUGGUCUAUGGUGCUCUGAUUGGUAAACAGAAGGGUCGCAACAUAGAGAUCAUGAAUUCCUUUGAACUCCUGUUUACAUGUAUUGGUGAUGAUGUCAUAAUUGAUAGGGAUUAUUAUAAUACAAAGGAAGAACAGUUUAAACAAGUCUUCAGUGAAAUGGAUUUUUUGGGUUGGUAUACCACUGGUGAUAUGCCUACUGAGAAAGAUAUCAGAGUGCACAAACAACUCUGUGAGAUAAAUGAAAGUCCUGUAUUAUUGAAACUAGAUCCAAGACCAAAAAAUACAGAGCAUUUAUCUGUCUCUAUGUAUGAAUCAGUAAUCGACUUGGUUAACGGUGAAGCUACCAUGUUAUUUGUUCCGUUAACUUACACAUUAGCCACUGAAGAAGCUGAAAGAAUUGGAGUCGAUCACGUACAAAGGAUGUGUAACAACGAUCAAGGCGAAUGUUCAGUAGUGGCUGAACACUUAACGGCACAACACAGCGCCAUUAAAAUGUUGCACGCGCGAGUGAAACUCGUUCUAAGAUACGUGCAAGCAGUUCAGAAUGGAGAAUUGAAAGGGAAUCAUGAAGUUCUUCGAGCAGCUUGUUCUUUGAGUCACCGACUGCCUGUUCUGAAUAAUCCGAAAUUUAAGGCUGACUUUUAUAAUCAAUGCAAUGAUUUCGGAUUGAUGACGUAUCUCGGUAUUAUAACUAAAGGCUGUAAUAAUAUAAAUCAAUUUGUAAACAAAUUUAACAUCCUAUACGAUAGACAAGGCGUGGGACGACGUCUACGAAGUCUUUUCUUCUGACUAUGUAAAUAGAAUAUAUUGUUUUUAUACACGUCUUUUUUACUUCUUAGAUAAUUAAGUAUCAAACUCAGGAUUAAAGUUUAAACAGCCAACUUAAUCGAAGGAUAGUUUGAAUAUUACUUCUAGAGAUACGUUGUAUUAAAUAUAAAUAAAAGUAAAGAAGUUAUAUAGCAGUCUUUUUGAAGUAAAGUGUAAUAGCAAAUGAUAGAGAGUAACAAUCACCCGAAACAUACAUAUUAUCCGUUAAUAUAAUUCAAAAAUAAUAUUUAUUAAAUGCUGUCUUGUAUAAAUGAUAUGUUUUAACAUUUUUUGAUUAACAAUAACGUGUGAUAUUAAUAAAAAAAAAAUACUGUGAUGAAUCUCAAAAAAUCUUUUGCUUUGCAUUAAUAUCGAUUUGGAGCAUUAAAUUAUAAUAUCG